AUGGAAGUCACCAUCCAGCAUCCCUGGGUCAAAUGUGCAUUGGGGCCCUUCUACCCCAGCCAAUUAUCUGACCAGUUUUUUGGCGGGGGCUUACUUGAGUACAACCUAGUGCACUUCCUGUCCUCCACCAUCAGCCCCCACUAUCGCCUGUCUCUCUUCCACACCGUGCUCAACUCGGGCAUCUCUGAGCUAAGACCCACAUUUGGGUUCCAGGUCCGGUCGGACAGGGACCAGUUCCUCAUUCUCUUGGACAUGAAGCACUUUCCCCCCAAGGAUCUGACAGUGAAGGUACUGGAGGACUUCGUGGAGAUCCAUGGCAAACACAAUGAGAAGCAGGAUGACCAUGGCUACAUCUCCCGUGUCUCCCAUGAGUUCCACCGUCACUACUGCCUGCCCUCCAACGUGGACCAGUCAGCCCUCUCCUGCUCCCUGUCCGCGGAUGGCAUGCUGACCUUCUUUGGCCCCAAGGUCCAGUCUGGCACAGACACAAGCCACAGCGAGCGGGCCAUUCCUGUGUCCCGGGAGGAGAAGGCCACCUCUGCACCCUCGUCCUAG